CUCCCCCGGGGCACCAUGUCGGGGAGCGCCCCGGGCAGCGGCGCCCCGGCCCCUCGCUUCCUGGUGCCCCCGCCGCCGCCGCCCAAGAACGGCUCCAGCUCGGACAGCUCCGUCGGGGAGAAGCUGGGAGCCGCCGACCACGGAGCCGCCGGUGCCGGCGGGUCGGACGGCGGGCCGGGGAACGGCGGCCGCAGUGAGGAGUACCGGCGCCGCCGCCACACCAUGGACAAGGACAGCCGGGGGGCGGCCGCCACCGAGCACCGCUUCUUCCGCCGGAGCGUGAUCUGCGACUCCAACGCCACGGCCUUGGAGCUGCCCAGCUUGCAGCCCGCAGCGUCCUCGGCCCCGGUCUCGGGAGGCAGCGCAGCUCCCUUGGUGUCCCCUCCCGAGGGUGCCGGCCCGACCCCUUGCACCGCUGUCAGCGCCGCCCAAGCCCCCUCGCUGCUGCAGCAGCCGCCGCCGCCCGCCCCGCUCCCCCUGGAAGAAGGACAGGCUGCUGAGGAGCCCCCAGCUGCCAAGGAUGCCGCCCCGCUGCUGCCCAAGGAGGAGGAGGAGGGGGACGAGGCAACUGCGCUACCCCCUACCAGUGCCGCUGGCAGCCUGUCAGCUGCCACCCGGGAAUUUGAGGAGCGGAGAGCACAGCAGGAGGACAUCGAAGAGCUUGAGACCAAGGCGGUGGGCAUCUCCCCGGAUGGCCGCUUCCUGAAGUUUGACAUCGAGAUUGGAAGAGGCUCUUUCAAAACUGUGUAUAAGGAUACGGAAACCACCGUGGAAGUUGCCUGGUGCGAGCUACAGGAUCGGAAGCUGUCCAAGUCAGAGCGACAACGAUUUAAAGAGGAAGCUGGGAUGCUGAAAGGGCUUCAGCACCCCAAUAUUGUCAGGUUCUAUGAUUCCUGGGAGUCUACAGUCAAAGGAAAAAAGUGUAUUGUUCUUGUGACGGAACUAAUGACGUCUGGAACACUGAAAACGUAUUUGAAAAGAUUUAAAGUGAUGAAAAUUAAAGUACUACGAAGCUGGUGCCGUCAGAUACUGAAAGGCUUACAAUUUCUACACACACGCACUCCUCCCAUUAUUCAUAGAGACUUAAAAUGUGACAACAUCUUCAUUACUGGCCCCACUGGAUCAGUCAAGAUUGGAGACCUUGGUCUGGCAACCCUGAAACGAGCUUCUUUUGCCAAAAGUGUGAUAGGUACCCCAGAGUUCAUGGCCCCCGAGAUGUAUGAGGAGAAAUAUGAUGAAUCCGUUGAUGUAUAUGCUUUUGGGAUGUGUAUGCUAGAGAUGGCCACGUCUGAGUAUCCUUAUUCCGAGUGCCAAAAUGCUGCGCAGAUCUACCGCCGAGUGACCAGUGGUGUCAAGCCAGCCAGCUUCGAUAAAGUAGCAAUCCCUGAAGUGAAGGAGAUUAUUGAGGGAUGCAUUCGGCAAAACAAAGGUGAAAGAUAUGCUAUUAAGGACCUUUUGAAUCAUGCUUUCUUCCAAGAAGAGACUGGAGUACGGGUAGAACUAGCGGAGGAAGACGAUGGAGAAAAAAUUGCCAUUAAACUCUGGCUGCGAAUUGAAGACAUCAAAAAACUCAAGGGCAAAUAUAAAGACAAUGAGGCAAUAGAGUUUUCCUUUGAUUUGGAAAGAGAUGUCCCAGAGGAUGUAGCACAGGAAAUGGUGGAAUCUGGCUAUGUCUGUGAAGGGGAUCACAAGACGAUGGCGAAAGCUAUCAAGGACAGGGUAUCUUUGAUUAAGCGAAAGCGAGAGCAGCGUCAGUUGGUGCGAGAAGAACAGGAGAAGAUCCUUCAGGAAGAAGGUAGUCAGAAGCAGCAGCUGGAGCAACAGCAGCCAAGUGCUUCCUAUGCAGGGUCAAAGCAUCCCCAGUCUGUCACGGGUACUACUCUUGUCCCCACUGCUUCAGCAUCGGUUUCUACACAAGUGGAGCCUGAAGAGCCGGAAGCUGAUCAACACCAACAACUGCAGUUCCAGCAGCCCAGUGUAUCUGUUCUUUCCGAUGGGACAGUUGACAGUGGCAUGGGGUCAUCUGUUUAUGCUGAAUCGUGUGUGGGCAGUCAGGCUGUGUCGUAUGGUUCCCAGCUUGACCAGUCAGCCUCAAACACUGCAGUCCAGGGAUACCCAGCUUCAGUUGGCCAAGUGCAGUCACAGCAGCAUGGAGGAUUUCAGCCACCUGCAGGGACACAGGUGCAAGGCCAGCCAGCCUCGAGCAGUGCAUCAGUGCCAUCCCAGCCUACCCAGCACACUCAGCAGAGUGCACAGCAGCCAGCCUCUUCCCAACAGCCUGGGCAAUACCAGCUGCAGCAGCCACCAGUUUCUGCUGGCACAACUCCUGCACAAACUGUCUCUCAAACUCAAACUUCACAGAUUAUGCCAAUGCCUCAGGCAGCAGCUGGGACACAGCUUCCUGUUUCCCAGCCAGUGUCGAUCAUCCAAGGCGAGCCUCAAUUACCUGUUGCAGCACCUUCUCUCCCUCAGCCUUCAGUUGCCCCAUCAGUCCCCAUUGGCUCUCAUUUUCUACCCAUGGGACAGGCCUUGCCAACUUCUGUGGUUCCCCAGUUCCCAGUCUCUCAGUUGCCUGUAGCAGCUCCUCAUGUGACAGUGGCUCAGCCAGGUUUCCAGUCACUACCCAUUUCAAUGGCAGCUGGCAUGAAUCAGCCAUUGCUCACACUGGCAACGUCUGCUGCGGCAACUGCUGUUCCUGUAGGAUCAACCGUUGUCCCUAGCCAGCUUCCCACAAUGAUGCAGCCUGUGGCUCAGCUGCCCAGCCAGGUUCUCCCACAGCUCCUGCAGCCAGCUGUCCAGUCCGUGGGAUUGCCAGUCAGCAUUGGACAAGCUGCUGAAGCUUCACUUCCUGCUGGAGAUGCUCUUUACCAGGGUUUCCCAUCGCGGCUGCCGUCUCAGUACCCCGGGGACUCGAAUGUCGCACCUUCCUCUGCUGUGGCUUCUGCCAGCAUUCCUUCUGCUGUCCUGUCCCCUCCCUUACCCACAGAUGCAAUGGCCCAGUCGGGAUAUCUCGCUCCUGUUGUGCAGCCGUAUGGGGAACAGAACGUUCUCGUUUCCAUGGGCAGCAUAGGAGGACAGGGGCAAGUGCCCCAGCCUCCAGUGAGUUUAGCACAACAGGCCUCAUCUGCCUCCUCACAGCAGGCAGCUUUGGAGGGUUCUCAGGGAGUCUCACAAACUGCUUCUUCAGAGACUCUUCCAGCAACACAGCCUGCUCAAUCUACCCCUUUGGCUUCCUCUAUGGAUAGUGCACAUUCUGAUGUUGCUUCAGGAUUGAGUGAUGGCAAUGAGAAUGUCCCAACUUCUAGUGGAAGGCAUGAGGGGAGGACCGCGAAACGGCACAUGAGGAGGUCUGUCCGCAGUCGCUCUCGCCAUGAGAAGACUGCUAGGCCAAAACUGAGAAUUCUAAAUGUUUCGAACAAAGGUGAUCGGGUAGUGGAGUGCCAGCUAGAGACACACAAUCGGAAAAUGGUUACUUUCAAAUUUGAUUUGGAUGGUGAUAACCCUGAGGAAAUAGCUUCAAUUAUGGUGCAGAAUGAGUUUAUUUUAGCAACAGAGAGAGACUCAUUCGUAGAACAGGUACGAGAGAUUAUUGAGAAAGCAGAUGAAAUGCUAAGUGAGGAUGCCAGCGUGGAGCCAGAAGGUGAUCAGGGUUUGGAGAGCAUGCAGACAAAAGAUGAUGGCUUCUUUCCAGGGUCACAGAAAUUAGAGUUCAAACAGCCAGAUCCUACAUCUUCCAUGCCACAAAGAAUAGGGGUCCCUUCUAGCUCCUUUACCCAGGUUGUCCAUUCUGCGGGAAGACGGUUUAUUGUCAGCCCUGUCCCUGAGAGUCGGUUAAAAGAACAGGGCUUUUUCACCUCUGCUGUUUCUGGAGGAAGCGAAACUUCAGAUAUGGUUGCUGCAUCUCCAGUACACGGGCCUGGAAUGAAUCUCUCCCACUCAGCAUCAUCACUGAGCUUGCAGCAAGCUUUCUCUGAGAUGGGGCAUGCUCAGAUGACAGAGGGACCUAGUACAGCUCCUCCAGUGUUCAACCAAACAGUACCACCAUUUCCACCUGCACUUUCUAGCAUGGCGGGCAGUGGUGCAACUCCUGCAUCUGUCGCUGCUUCUUCAAUAUCUGUUUCCUCCAGCACUGGUGUUUCUCUUCCAGAAUCUGUUACUUUGCCUUCGGAAAAUGCAGCUGUUGGAGCUGCACCAAGCACAAGUGUGCCAAGCUCUGUUUCUCCACCUCCAGCCUCACAAUCUGGACAGCAAUCGACUGGUGUCACUUCCAGUGUGAGCGCCCCUGCUUCUUUCUCCUUAUCUACCACAUCCCAGCCCGCUCAACCAGUAACUGGAGAUAUUGCCCCCAGUAUCAGCACACCAUCGUCCUUGGCACUGCCAUCUACCCAGGUUCCUGGUGUCACUGGUCUUGGUGUCGUUGCACCGACUGUGACAUCUCAGUCUACUCCUCAGAUUGUAAGUAGUAUGGCAGCACCACAGACAUCCGUUGCCCUGUCUCUGGCUCAGAACGUGGCUUUGCAGCUUCCUCACCUUAGUAGCAGUGGCUCUGUGUGCAGUCUGGCAGAAACAACAGUUGUAAGUGCUCCACAGUCACUACCUGAGAGUGGGCAGUCUCUGGCUACAUCGCAUCCCUGCAGUGCAGCUGGUUUGUCUCUUCCAAUCUCUGCACCUUUGUCAUCCUCAGUAGCAUCAAGCAUAUGUGGUUCAGUCGCUCAACCAGUGAUACAUCCCUUACUCGUCCCAUCAGGAAUUACAUCAACACCUGUCCUGCCCCAGAUUUCAGGUGCAACACCCAUGUUGCCCCAGGUUCCCUUGCCUGGUGUCUUGCCGCAACCAGUCACUAACUUGCCUGCCGUUCAGCAGACUUUGAUACACAGCCAGCCUCAACCAGCUCCGUUACCCAACCAGCCUCACGUUCACUGUCUGGAGGCUGAUGCUGAUGCUCAGUCUAAAGCUCCUGGUAUUGAUGACAUAAAGACCCUGGAAGAAAAGCUACGGUCUCUCUUCAGUGAGCAUGGUAAUGUGGGAACAGUGCAUCCUUCAGUGUCUCUGGAGACAUCGCUGGUGAUGGAGACGACAGUUGUUCCUGGGAUACCAACCACUGCUGUUGCACCAACUAAACCCCUGACAUCCAUUAGCACUUGUAUACCUCCAAGCAGUUUGCCUCUUGGACCAACUGGCUUGCCAGUGCUGACUCCAGCUGCCACUCCCGGGCAAGGGAUCACCCCAGUGAGCUACAUUUCAGCACCGAGCAGCAUUGCGACAUCAGUAGUGAAACCAGGGACCUCUCCUUCCAAGCCCCCCCUUAGCAGGGUACCGGUGCUACCAGUAGGUUCUGAACUUCCAGCUGGCACUCCAUCCAGUGAGCCGCUGCCACCUUUUCCAGGACCUUCACUAACUCAGUCCCAGCAGCCACUGGAAGAUCUGGAUGCUCAGCUGAGAAGAACCCUUAGUCCAGAGACCGUUCCAGUGACAUCUGCUCCUGCCUGUUCUGUGCCCUCAGUAGCAUCUACGACGGUUACCGGGCUGGUGUCCACAGCAACACAGUCUCUGAAGGAUGCUUCAGCAUCAGGUGAUGGAGAGGGCAGUGCUGUGGCUACCACAGCAGGAGCCAGUGUCCUGAAGAUGGGGCGGUUUCAGGUAUCCGUGGCAGUGGAUGAUGCGCUAAAAGAGGGUGACAAACCUGAAACUAAGCCAGUGCAAUUUGAAACCACCUCCAGUGAUUCUUCAUCUCUUUCUGGCAGUAGCCCAGAGAGUACACUGGUAAAACAGGCUGGCAGUCGGAAAAGCGGGGCUGUUGCUGGUGCUUCCUUGGAUGUGGUGGAUGGCAUUCCUCAGACAGAUCCCGAGCUGCAAUUACCGGGAGAUGUUGGUCAGGCUACUAAGGUUGGGCGCUUUCAGGUGACAACAACAACGGAUCAAGUUGGCCGCUUCUCAGUGUCAAAGACUCAGGAUGAGGUCAGCUGUGCAGAGAAAGAGCCAAUGACUCUUCCUCUCUCUGUGGGCUUGGAACAAGUUGCUUCUUCAGCUGCAGCUCCGAAGAAAGAGUUGGAGUCGAGGCAGUCCCCACACAUGAAUGGUCCUUCCUCUGAUCCGGAGGCCGCCUUCUUAAGUGGGAUGGCUAAGGAUUUGGAUGAUGGCUCAGGGAGCCCAGACUCUCUCCAGCACCUGGGAUCAAAGAUCAGCCUCCCUGUUCAGAGCCUUAGCAACUCAUUCAACUCUUCCUACAUGAGCAGUGACAACGAGUCAGAUAUUGAAGAUGAAGACUUGAAAUUGGAACUCCGUCGGUUACGGGAGAAGCACCUUAAAGAGAUCCAGGAGCUACAGAGUCGCCAGAAGCAGGAGAUUGAGUCACUGUAUAUGAAAUUGGGAAAGGCCCCACCUGCAGUAAUUAUUCCCCCAGCUGCACCCCUUUCAGGAAGAAGGAGACGACCUACUAAAGGAAAAAGCAGCAAAUCCAGUCGUAGCAGCUCCCAGGGACAUAAAAGCCCUCAGCUAUCAGGCAAUCUGUCAGCUCAAAGUGCACCAUCAGUCUUGCCCCCUCAGCAGACCCUUCAUCCUCCCGGCAGUGUGCCAGAGAUCGGGCAGAACCAUUUGUUGCAGCCCCUCAAACCUUCACCUUCCAGUGAAAAUCUCUACUCUGCCUUCACCAGUGAUGGUGCCCUGUCGGUACCGAGCCUUUCGGCACCGGGCCAAGGGACCAGCAGCACUAACACAGUCGGGGCUGCAGUGAACAGCCAAGCCCCCCAGACCCAGCCCACUGCUAUCGCCUCGAGCCGGAAAGGGACUUUCACAGAUGACCUGCACAAGCUGGUCGAUAACUGGGCCCGGGAUGCCAUGAACCUGUCUGGCAAGAAAGUUGGCAAAGGGCAUAGUAGUUAUGAGGCCCCUGGAAUGGCAAGAAAAUUCUCGGCACCAGGUCAGCUCUGUAUCUCUAUGACAUCUUCCCUGGGUGCUACGCCCAUCCCUGCAGCAUCAGCUACCUCUUUAGGUCCCUUCACAAAGCCUAUAUGCCCUCCGCAGCCGUACGGUUAUCCAGCAGCGUCUUUCCCCGCUCCGUGGAGUGGGGCGGGCGGUCCAGCACAGCCACCGCUCGGCCAGUUCCAGCCCGUAGGUGCCGCCUCUUUGCAAAGCUUCAACAUCAGCAGUUUGCAGAAGUCGGUCAGCAACCCUCCUGGCUCCAACCUGCGGACCACUUAGCCCUGCUCGGAGACCACGCUGGCGAGACCUCGGGACAGGACGUGGGGAGGGAAACGGGGCCCUGUAUCAACUACUAGUGCUGCAAUGAACUGGUAGCUUGCCAGACUGGGAAUGAAUUUAUCUUUUCCAACCAUUGCUGUCAACUCUCUGUAAAGGGGGUUUCCCCACACACUUGGAAGGGGGAGGAGGAUGAUCAGCAUCCUUGUGAUGGGACAGUGCUUUUCACCGAGGGGGUCCUGCUCUUGUGUGGAACAAGAGCUGUGAAGAGGAGUCAUGGGGUCAGUUAAUACAGUCUUGCUGUAAAUUUUUUCUCUGGUUUGAAGCUGAAUCCACAUGUGUUGAGGUGGGAGAGCUGAACCCUAGCAUGAGGCUUUAGCAUGCUUCUCGCCUCUCCCUGAAGAACCAAGAUCAGGAAAAAAGCUGUCCAAAUUCCCCUCCUCUCCCUCUCCCCGGUCAAUCAUAUCUGGCUCUGAAAAGAUGGGGCACACAAAUGGACUUGCAGUGCAGCCCGUGCUUGAUAGGUCAUUACUGCUUUAAGUAAGAUAUUAACAGCUUUGACUGCAGCAUUAGAGCAAUUUAAAUUGUUAAAAAAAAAAUUUAAAAGUUCCCUGCGGACAUGUACUUACCAUCAGUUUUGAUGUGGAAACACUGUGAUAUAUAAAUGUUGUUGGACAACAGUAGUUUAAAAAUGAGUGGAAUAUAGAGGGUUAAAAAGUUAAAAAGAAAAAAUGGGAAAAAAAGCUAGCUAUAUCCUUAUACUUAUUGGAGACACUUUAACUUUUUCCUUUGUAUUUUCAUUGUAUUAGAUAAAUAAAUGUGAAUGUAAAAUUGUA